CAUGGGGCAAGCAGCAACCAAGGGGGCUGCGGGAGAGCUGGAGGGAACCCUGGGCUUGUCGGGGUAAGGGAAGAGGUGACUUGGGAUGAGAAUAGAGAUGGACCACCCCUGGUUUAAGAUGCGCUGUGACUUUAAGAGCCAGGUGCUGCCAAAGGUUCAGCCGCUUUAGACAUGGCCCUGGGUCCUCUCAUCUUCUUUGCGGUGAUGGCGCUGGUCUACCACCCCUUGAUGGUCAGCGACGACACGGACCCUGCGACGCAGGACCGGAUCCAGCAGCACGAGGAGCUGUUGAACAAGGAGAUGGACCACUUGAAAGUGGAGUUUGAGGAGAAGGCCUGGAACUGGGUCCCAAAGCAGACGCUGGAGAAAUUGGUGGCAUCCAACCUGCCAGAGGAAGAUGGGACCUGGGAUGGUUGGCAAUACGUGGUCCUCAUCAUCCUCGUCGUCUUUGGCUGCUGCAGGCACACGAUGGAAAAGGACACCCAUUGCGACUCCAGCACAGACGGCUCCACCACGUCCACCACGGACGAAUAUGACGACGAGACGGACGUGGAGCCGGGAGUUGGCGAACUCAACCAGAAGAAGCUGGAGGACUUCUACGACCACCAUGUCGGGAUGGAAAGCGAUGAUUUGAAGAGCAUGUGCGACUUUGUGGAGAGCUUUGUCAACGACUUGUUGGAGGAAGGCCGGAAAGCCCUUCCGCACCAGAACACCCUUCCUCUGAUGGAAACCUGCAUCGGGGUGGGCAGCGCCUUUGAAGGGUGGCACACGCAGCAGCUGUCGAAGCCCUUCACCGUCCUGGUGCCCCUCCUGCCGCCCAAGGGCCAUUCCUUCCAAAUCGAAAGCAGCGACGCCCAGGGCGGACCCGGCAAGCACGGCCACAUCUUGGUGGAGAUGGACUGCGUCUGCAAGAGGGAGCGGCUGCUGGGAGACGUGGUGUGCUUCCUCCACCACCCAGACCGAGAACUGAGCGAAGAAGGCGCGUUCCUCCUGCACAUUCUGUGCACCAGUUCCCACCUGGAUGUGGGGAAGACCGUCCGCUGGUACCAGAGUCUGGUGGUCAAGGCUUGGAAGAACCUCCGUGUCAAGUACACCCUCGACUUCACACUCCUGCCGUCGGCCACAACGUGCCGGAUGAAGCUGGCUUUCCGCUCCGGGCGGACCAUUCUGGUGGACAUCACCCUCGGCGUCCAGCAAGGAGACUCCUCGGUCUACCUGGUCACCCACUGUGACGAUGCCAACCCUGCAAAAGGCACCGUUUGGCUGAAAACCUUCGCCGUUCAGGAGCUGCUCUUCUUCAAAUGGGUCGGACAACGGGUGCCCGAACGGAGCUGCCACCUGAAGUGUCUCCAGAUCUUGAUGUAUCUCAGGGAAUCCAGCAGUCCGCCCAAUAAGAACCCCGUCCUCACUGGUUACCAUUACAAGACUUGCUUGAUGCACCUCUUGCUCCUGCGGCCGCUCUCCGACUGGAACCCCGAAAACCUGGCAACGAGGCUCCAAGAAAUCCUCUUGUUCUUGCACAAGGCGCUGCAGGAGAAAUAUCUCGAGCACUUCCUGAUCGGGAACAUCUCCUUGCCGAUCCAGAUCCCGAUGCCGCAAGGCCUCCGGAGCGCCGAACCCGUCAAUCUUUUCAGUCACUUGGCGGCUGACCAUGGCCUCCACGCCGAAGCCGUGAAGGAGGUCGCAGAGAUCGUGGAACGAGUAAAGGCCCUCUACUCAAAGCAUGGCUCAGCUCCAUUCCCAGUGUCCCAUUGAGGAACCAUACAGCCUAAUGGCGGGGAAAGUGGUUGAUACUGGUCCCAAUGGUUCUAAACAAAGUUGGGUUAGACACACAAGGGAGCGGUGAUGACACCAUUGAAGAGCGAUCCAGAUUUGGCUGUUUUCCUAAGUCAUGCUUUAAGGAUAAGGCAGAUAAAGGGUUUCAGAUCAAUGUCCUUGCAGCAGCUACGCUUCUGUAUUUUUAUAUCCCCCGGUUCCUAACAGAUUUGCUCUAUUGGACUUCAAAUAAAGGCUUCAGAAAGCUGUGCUCUCAAA